AUGAGGAUGGAUGAUUACGUAACCUGGUUCCUGGCCCUCUCCAUCCAAGGAGGGCUUGGCAAUGAAUAUGCAGUAGAACUGCUGAAACACAAUGUGAACCCCUGCAUUGCAGAACAGAUCUAUCUGCAGGAUACACGAAACAAGGACUUGGCUCUAGCGGCUGAGGAAGUACAACGAGUUGGUAGAGCCAUGGAGCUCUAUGCUAUGCAACAACGUGGUGGGUCCACCACUAAAAACAACUUUUCCCAGAGGCACCCUGGGUCAUCAAACCAAACUCAAAAUCACUCUCACGGGUUCAAGCCGUUCGGGCUGCAGCCAGGGCAGGGUGCACCUAUGGAUAUCUGCGCGGUCCAAGGUGGACAAAUGCGCAGAUUCAAGGGCAACUGCUACAACUGGCACCAGGCGCGCCACUUAGAAGCAGAAAAAAUGGACGAUUGGCUCAAUACUCUGGCCGUUCGUUCAUACGUUGAGAUCCAGGCUUUCUUUUACAACCAGCAGGUCGCUGAAAUGAAAGCUCAGGGAAAAGAGUUCAGAGCUUAG